AUGCAGCAGAGGGAAAAAGCCAAGCCUCCCCUCCCGGGUUCCCCAUCAUCAGAACCCGGCGGGUUUCGGGACUCCUUCACUGACAGGCUCGCGGGCUCCACCCCGAUCCGGCUGGUUUCCCUCUCAUCGGCAGCCUCGCCCCGCAUUCCCAUUGCACCAGUUGCCCAGCUGUAUAGCCGACAACAAGUGCUUCUCCUUCUUACCGAGUCAUUGCUGGAACAUGUGAUAUCUGUACCAUUCAUUCCGCGCAGUGAGAUGCGGCUCAGCACGUGGCACGCGAGUGUCGCCCCCGUGCUCCCACUACUCAUCCUCACACAGGUGUCGCUCGCUGCCUUCGUCCCUUCAUCCGUACUCAAGCUAGUGGAAGGCGAUGAACGCCAUGUCAUCUAUUCUACCAACUCCAGCGACAUUUGCUUUUUAUCGCCUUCAAACGUCAUAUCGGCGUACGUGUCAGAUCCUGCGGUGGCCACCGUGAUGACAGCGACACCUAUUUCAAUUCCAGCAACGCUCGACACCUGCUUGCUGAAUGUGACCGUGAGAGGUCGAAAUCUGGGCUACGCCAAUGCCCGCAUACAAGUGUCGACGAAAAAUGAUGACGAAAUGGUGGUGAUGCGGAGUGAGGAGGAGUUGAUUGUGAGUGUGGUGAGGCAGCAGCGAAUUGUGGACACAGUGUUUAUGGCAUCAGUGGUGCUCUUGGUGUCCAUCUCGUAUGUCAACAUGGGAUGCACUUUGGACUGGGCAGUGGUGAAGGCGACCAUGAGGAGGCCAGUGGGGCCAGUGGUUGGCCUGUGCUGUCAGUACUUGUUCAUGCCUCUGGUGGGCUAUGGACUGUGUCUCUGGCUGAUGGAUGGAACAGCCCUGAAGCUCAGCCUGUUUGUUGUAGCCUGUUGUCCUGGAGGUGGUGCUUCGAAUUUCUGGACCAUUUUGCUCAGAGGAAAUCUCAACUUGAGCAUCACUAUGACCUUCGUUUCUAGUUUGGCUGCUUUUGCGACGAUGCCAGCCUGGAUCUUCACCCUGGGAAGAACCCUGUUUGACGAACAAGUGAUCAUUCCUUACCAAACAAUCGCAAUUUUGAUAGUGGGUCUCGUGAUUCCCUGCGGGAUCGGAUUGGCAUUGCAAAGAUUCGCACCCAAGGUUGCCAAAGUGCUCAGCUCGAAGCUGCUUCGACCCGUGGCCGUGAUCUUCGUCAUUUACAUUCUCACUGUCGGAACCUACACUAAUUUGUACAUCAUGAGACUCAUCAGUUGGAAGUUGGUGACGGCGUCGAUGGUCUUGACAUGGUCCGGAUUCGCAUUCGGAGCAAUAAUUGCGAAAUUCUUUCAAUUCCCGCUGGAGGAUAUCGUUGCGAUUUCCAUUGAGACUGGUGUGCAAAAUUCGGGCAUUGCGAUUGUGAUGCUCAAAAUGGCGUUUGAACAACCUGGGGCAGACAUGACGCUUACUGUCCCUGCUCUCGCUGCAUCCAUGGUUCCGAUCCCGCUAAUUGUUGCGUGGGUCGCCAUGACACUGCAAAAUCGUCGCAAGCGCCGGAAAUUGGCAGCUGCCAUUGCUGCCAAUCAUGGUCAUCACGUGAUCCCAUCUGCCACGACCAAAGUGUCUCUAGUCGCCAUGGAUGAGCAAGAUGAACAUUGAACUGACAGAAACAAAAUAAGAAAGAACAAGAACAAGAAUGUCUGCGGGAAAAUGUGCGACUUGAAAGAGUAUGUUUGAAAAUCCUGUGCGUUGGCUGAAUUGUAAUAAAUCCUGCAUGAGUAAUAUUUGAAACAUA